AAAGGUGUAAACACAGUACAGCUGCAGCAGUCAGUGACAGUCAGUAGGUUAAUGCCACUUUACGAAAUCUCGGCCCCCCGACUGAAAAAUUAGUCGCCGCAAAACCACUGAGGAGGGUGGCUUCGAGCUGAAAUGGCGAGUUUCGGUCGCCAUUGGUGGGUCGCCACAGGUGCCGUGGGCGGAUUCUCGGCGGGUGCAGCGGUGUCGGUGCUUCUGCUGCGGCAGCAGCCCGAUCAGACGGCCACUGCCGCUGCAGCAGAGGCCGCCGCCCCCGCGAGCCCCGAACAGCUGAUCAGCAGUGAGCGGCCCUCACUCGGGGACGCCCGAAAGCCGGCUCUCCCCCGGACUUCCCUGUACGAGGGCGCUGUCCGAGCCAGCAGGGAGCUGGUCAGCCUGACCAAGGAGGAGAUGGGCAUUCCCGGCGUCUGCGUCGCGGUCAAUGUGAACGGCAAGACCGUGUGGACGGAAGGAUUUGGCUAUUCUGAUGUCGAAAAUGGUGUACCUUGCACUCCCAAAACUGUCAUGCGGAUUGCUAGUAUCAGUAAAUCACUUACCAUGGCUGCUCUUGCAAAGCUUUGGGAGAGUGGACUGGUUGAUUUAGACCAGACUGUACAGCACUAUGUUCCAAAAUUCCCAAAGAAGACUUUUCAAGGAGAACCUGUGGAUAUCACAACGCGUCUGCUUGUUAGUCAUUUGGCAGGAAUCCGCCAUUGGAAAGGAGGAGAAGAAAAGAAUCCUUCAGCUGAGGAGCCAGUCACUCCAGAAUUCUACAUGAAUACUCGUUUUAAGACCGUUGAAGAGGCUUUAAGCAUAUUUGAAAAUGACGAGCUUCUGCAUAAACCAGGUACAAAAUAUCUGUAUUCCUCACCAGCGUGGACAUUGGUUAGUGCGAUUAUGGAGAAAGGAGCUCAAGUAUCUUACCGUCAGUUAAUGAUCAAUAUGUGCAAUCAGUUGGGAUUGACACAUACAAAAAUGGAUGAAAAUGAAUGGCUAGUACCAAACAGAGCAAGAUAUUACUCCCGCAACAAGAAUGGAAAACUUGUCAACUCACCAUGUGUUGACAACUCCUGCAAAUGGGCUGGUGGAGGAUUUCAAUCAACAGUAGGGGAUUUGGUCAAGUUUGGUGAUGCUAUGCUUUAUUGCUACCAAGGUGGACCUGGAGGGUAUUUAAAAAGAGAAACCAUUGAAGCGCUCUGGACAAUCUCUCCCCACACUGUGCAAGAACCUAAAGCCCUGGCACCAACCAGUGGGUAUGGACUUGGAUGGGUUGUUACCCCACCAUUGAGUAAAUGUGGAGGAGUAGAGCCUCAGGCAUUUUCAGUUAAUCAUACUGGGGGUGCGGUGGGUGCUAGCAGCAUUCUCCUCAUAGUGCCCCAAGAGCCAACUGGACAAGAAAUACCAACAGGGGUAACUGUUGCAAUUACUGUAAAUAUGCAAGCAAUUGGACUAACUAGGCUUGCUCGUGAUAUUGCAGCACAAUUCUGGGCUGCCAGAUGUAAAGGAUUAUGAUGCACAUUCUCCACUGAAUGUAUUGUGUAAGAGAUUGGUUAUUGUCAAAAAAUAAAAUAAGAUUGUAUUUUUAUAAAUUUA